AUCCAUUCUUGUGCCGUUUCUCGGAAAAGCUUUUCAGUAAAUGCACUCAUGCUGCUCCAGGAGCUCUUCUCUGCAACAAGCCGCCCAUCUGCCAUCAACAAGUUAAGACCGAGAGAACUAACAGCUGCGGAAAGGAAAGACUGAUGCUUUGAUUAACCAGCUGAGCAGUUAGAGGGGGGCGAAAUUAAUAACUUAUAUUCAGAAGUGAUUUACGCAAUCACAGUGGUCACAGACAAUGAAGCCAAUGCUUUUGAGAGGAAUAUUCUAAGGAAAAAAACAACUCACCCUGGUGGAUUCAAUUUUACUCAGAAAGCCUGGGAUACAGAAAACAGGAAACUGGUCAAAGGCUCCUGCAUGUUAGAGCCUUUUACAGACUCACUGCGUUGAGUCUAAAAACCUCGACUGAAUGCAGCCUCCAAUGUGCUCAGAAGAAUGGGCUUACAUUUCAAGUGGCCAUUAGGGGCCCCUAUGCUGGCAGCAAUAUAUGCAAUGAGUAUGGUUUUAAAAAUGCUGCCUGCCCUGGGAAUGGCGUGUCCACCCAAAUGCCGCUGCGAGAAGCUGCUCUUCUACUGCGACUCUCAGGGCUUCCACUCAGUGCCAAACGCCACAGACAAGGGCUCUCUGGGCCUUUCCCUGAGGCACAAUCACAUCACAGAGCUUGAAAGGGAUCAAUUUGCCAGCUUCAGUCAACUUACCUGGCUCCACUUAGACCAUAAUCAAAUUUCAACAAUAAAAGAAGAUGCUUUUCAAGGACUAUAUAAACUUAAGGAAUUAAUCUUAAGCUCCAACAAAAUAUUUUACUUGCCAAAUACAACUUUUACCCAACUGAUUAACCUGCAAAAUCUGGACCUGUCUUUUAAUCAGCUGUCAUCUCUGCACCCAGAGCUCUUCUAUGGCCUUCGGAAGCUGCAGACCUUGCAUUUACGAUCCAACUCCCUGCGGACUAUCCCAGUACGCCUGUUCUGGGACUGUCGUAGUCUGGAGUUUCUAGAUUUGAGCACAAACCGUUUGCGAAGUCUGGCUCGUAAUGGAUUUGCGGGAUUAAUCAAAUUGAGAGAGCUUCACCUAGAGCACAACCAGCUGACGAAGAUUAAUUUUGCUCAUUUCCUACGGCUAAGCAGUCUGCACACGCUCUUCUUACAAUGGAACAAAAUCAGCAACUUGACAUGUGGGAUGGAGUGGACCUGGGGCACUUUAGAAAAGCUAGACCUGACUGGAAAUGAAAUCAAAGCCAUUGAUUUGGCAGUGUUUGAAACAAUGCCUCAUCUUAAAAUACUCCUAAUGGAUAACAACAAGUUAAACAGCCUGGAUUCCAAGAUCCUGAAUUCCCUGAGAUCCCUCACAACUGUUGGCCUCUCGGGCAAUCUGUGGGAAUGCAGCCCUAGAAUAUGUGCUUUGGCCUCCUGGCUGGGCAGUUUCCAAGGUCGGUGGGAACAUUCCAUCUUAUGCCACAGUCCUGACCACACCCAAGGAGAGGAUAUACUAGACGCAGUCCAUGGAUUUCAGCUCUGCUGGAAUUUAUCAACCACUGUCACAGCCAUGGCUACAACUUAUAGAGAUCCAACCACUGAAUAUACAAAAAGAAUAAGCUCAUCAAGUUACCAUGUGGGAGACAAAGAAAUCCCAACUACUGCAGGCAUAGCAGUUACUACUGAGGAACACUUUCCCGAACCAGACAAUGCCAUCUUCACUCAGCGGGUAAUUACAGGAACAAUGGCUUUACUGUUUUCUUUCUUUUUUAUUAUUUUUAUAGUGUUCAUCUCCAGGAAGUGCUGCCCUCCCACUUUAAGAAGAAUUAGGCAGUGCUCAAUGAUUCAGAACCACAGGCAGCUCCGAUCCCAAACACGGCUCCAUAUGUCAAACAUGUCAGACCAAGGACCGUAUAAUGAAUAUGAGCCCACCCAUGAAGGACCUUUCAUCAUCAUUAAUGGUUAUGGACAGUGCAAGUGUCAGCAGCUGCCAUACAAAGAAUGUGAAGUAUAAUAUCUACCUAUCAUCAAAAAUUACAUCAGAUAAGUAACCUAUUUUACAUAGUAGGGGCUAAAUAAAUAUCUAGUUUUUAAUAAUGGUGACAUUAAGCCUAAUUUUCAAAACUAAGUGGAGACUUAAGUUUUUCAAGUGUUAAGGUGUUUUUAAUUUUUUUUAAUGAAACCAUAUUUUAAGUGUUAAAUGAAGUAAUGCUCACAUUAAUUUGCACUCUUGUUGGAAAGUCUAAAGAUGCUUAUUUCAAAAUAAGACAUUUCAUGUAUGUGAUAUUACUGAGUGUAAACAUUUACACUAAGGUCUCCAAUAUGCUAUUUUUUUCCUACUGAAAACAGUUUGGAAAGAAGCUACUGAGCAGAAAAUGAUAUGGAUCAAUACUUGUUAGAUCAUUGCUUUCCAUCCCAAGCAUCACCAAUGGCUUGCUGCUUAAAAAAAGACUUAGCAAAGUUCUCUUAUAUGAUAAUUUGGUAUUUACUCAAAUCCACAAUUUACUGCCAGUGUGGGAAGUAGAAUUUCAUAUAUGCUAAAGACUGGUAAAUAUUCAACACUCUUCUUCCAGAGUUUUUGCCUAGGUUAAUAGAUAUUAUCAAAGUCCACAUCAUGAAAUCAGAACAUUUUAUGUAAUUCUAAUAAGCUGAGUGAAUCUUUAAUAUAUUUAAACAAUGAAUCCAAGUGAUUGUGAAAAAGGUCUCAUUACAAUGAAAUCAAUACUAAAUAAUUACACUGACUUUGUAUCAUACAUCUCUAGCUUAACUUACAAUGAACAUGUUUUUUGUCGCAUUUAGACAAUUAUUUUAAACUAGUAUUAUAUUACCAUUUUACUAAAUAGUUUACUAAGUCCUAUAUUUACAUUUAUAUGUGAAAAAAGAUUUAGAAAUUAUUUUGGAGAGAAAAGAGAGAAACUGAGUCAACUUAAUCCAAUACCUGCUCCCUCUAGUUUGAAAGCACACACAAAAUUCUCUCUCUCUCUCUCUAUGGUCAUGAUCAAAGCUGCCUUGACAAAGGGGUUUAAACCUCUUUCUUCUGCCUUUUCCUGAUCCUCAAACCUUAGAGUCAAAUAAAAAAUAAUUGGCUAGUAACAGGCAUAACAAUGAUUCUUAAUAGAAUAUAUUAUAAAGGAACCACUAAAAGCCACUUUCUACAUAUUAUUUGCUAAAACUUGACCUUUUAAUAAAGAUACAUAUUCACACUAUGAGAGCAGUUCCUUGUAAGUGAAGGGCACAACAUAUUACUGAGGCAAACCUUUUUGUGGUAGAACACUCCACAUGCUUAUGCAGCCACACAGUGGUAACUCAAAGGUGGCACAGAGGAGAGGGGAUGAAAGGGAAAGGCAGCAUUUUGAAAUCUCACUCACAGAAACAGGUUAGCUGAAGUUAAGAGGCAGCCAAGAGUGAGGCAAAUGGGUAGCUAGCUGUACACUAUCUACAGGGCAAGGUCUUAGGACCUACAGCUGAAAAGGGGAGGAGGAGGUUCUCUCGUGUUAAUAUAAACAUUCCAUAAUUAACAAAUGAUAAUGAUGCCACAUUUUUCAUGUA